GGUCUUAAAGGUUUCGCAUUUUAAGCCGGGGUAGAGGCGACACAUUUCGGUGCGGAAUUGAGAGGGCACAAGGAGAAUCUCGCUGGUUGCUUUCGCUUGCCGCUUCCUCUUUCUGGGAUCGGGAGAAAUCCCGGUCAGAGGUUUUAAUGCUCUGCUUCGUCUGCUCUGCCACCAGAUCUGAAAGCCUCAGCUCUGGGAUUCGGCCUCUAUUCUGAUCCUCCCCCGCACUCGAUCUGGUUUACUUUUCGCUGCGAUAUUUAGUUUUGGGACGAGCGAGGCUGGUUAUUUGACGGUGCGCGCGUUGGAAGUCUGAUACUUCGGGUUUCUGGGUUGUUUGUGUUGUUGGAGGGGGUAGAUCGACGAAGUGAGAGUGAGUCUUGAUUGGAUUGGAGAUGGGUGAGGGCGCGGGGUUCCAGUUAGGAACCGUCGGAGCGCUGAGCCUAUCGGUGGUGUCGUCGGUGUCGAUAGUGAUCUGCAACAAGGCGUUGAUGAGCUCCCUUGGGUUUCAAUUUGCUACAACGUUGACAAGCUGGCAUCUACUGGUUACCUUCUGUUCUCUUCAUGUGGCACUAUGCAUGAAGCUAUUUGAGCACAAACCUUUUGACCGAAAAGUUGUGAUGGGGUUUGGAGUGCUGAAUGGAAUCUCAAUUGGAUUAUUAAAUCUGAGUCUAGGUUUCAACUCUGUUGGUUUUUAUCAGAUGACAAAACUGGCAAUCAUUCCUUGUACUGUCUUCUUAGAGACGGCCUUUUUUGCAAAGAAGUUCAGCCGAAGUAUUCAAUUCUCACUUUCCAUUCUUCUAUUGGGUGUUGGAAUUGCAACUGUGACAGAUCUGCAGCUUAACUUGCUUGGGUCUAUAUUGUCUCUCCUGGCAAUUAUUACUACUUGUAUUGCACAAAUUAUGACUAACACUAUACAAAAGAAGUUUAAGGUUUCUUCAACCCAACUUUUGUACCAGUCUGCUCUUUACCAAUCACUAACUCUGUUUGUAUCUGGUCCUUUUCUUGAUGGGCUCCUAACUAACCAGAAUGUGUUUGCAUUCAAUUACACAACUCAAGUUCUUGUUUUCAUCGUGUUUUCUUGCCUAAUAUCAGUCUCCGUCAACUUCAGUACAUUUCUUGUAAUUGGGAAGACAUCGCCAGUGACAUACCAAGUUCUAGGGCAUCUCAAAACCUGCCUGGUUUUGACUUUUGGCUAUGUGUUGCUUCAUGAUCCAUUUAGUUGGAGAAAUAUCUUUGGAAUCUUUGUUGCAAUAAUUGGGAUGGUUUUGUAUUCUUAUUUUUGUGUAACUGAAGGUCAACAAAAAGCUCGGGAAGCAACUGCUCAGAUGUUGCAGGGGAAAGAUAAUGAGUCUGAUCCUUUGAUGAGAGCUGAAGUUGGAGCUGGCGUAAAUAAUGACGGCUCUCCUCCCAUAAGCCAAGUUUGGAGCUCAAACAAAGACUUGCGCGCGUGAUGUCUCCUUCACAUGCAGAUGUAUGCAUGCUGAAACUCUAUCAGAACACCGUGAUAGAUUUGGGGUGAAAGCCAAGGACCGUAUUCUUAAAUUUGAACCCUAAGAUUAAAUUGAGUCAGUGAGUUUCUUUAAUUGAUUUUUGGAGAGCAAAUUUACUAGUUUUUUUAUUCUAAAUUCGUGCGAGCUAUUACUGAAAGAGUAUUCAUUGUCGAACGUAAUGUGUGUCUUCAAUUUGUAAUUACGACUCUGUUAUUACAGUACAUAGACGAAGUCGUAUGUCUGCGGGGCAUGAAUUGGGAAGAACCUUAAUUUCGUGAA